AUGACUUCCACGACGCCACUGGCAAAACCUCUGGCCGGACAAGAGCACCCGCGAGAUCAACGAAGUCACCCAGCAUCUACACCACGGGACUCGGCGGUUUUGAAGACGACAUCUCUAGAAAAGCGAAGCACAAAGUUCCCGCAAAAUAACCGUCCCACCCACUUUGUCUGUUUCCCGCUUGUCAGCGACGAAUCAGUCUCCCAGCUCUCCAGAUCCCUGGCACACUUCAGAUCGCUCACCACGCCUUUACCUUCUGCAGAGCGUGAUACGACUCCCGAGAGAGGUUAUGAGGGGCAGGAGCUCGACCCGGACUCCACGACACCAGAGCAAGCCGGGAACGAAACACGGGGUCGAGAUGCAGAUCAGGCAUUGAGAAUCAUUCCCGAGUCGGCGCAUCGCCCGCCUGGGACGUUUCAUUUGACUCUCGGGGUUAUGCACCUCCCCAGCGCGGAGGAUCUGGACAACGCUGUGGCCGUGCUUCAGCAGAUUGAUUACCUGGAUUUGCUCAGGCGAGCGGAGCUCGGUGAAGGAGACGAGACGAGGAAAUCCGGGCAGGGGAAGCAUCAGAUACGGCCAAAAAGAAAAGCCGUUGACGCAGCCGGGGAGAUCCGAUCAUCCUCAACAGGGCAGACGCAGAACGAAAGUCGGUCUGUCAGAGCUAAAGAUGCAGACCACGAACCCGAAGAGAAGGGCAACCUGCAUGUGGCAGCAAAAGAAGCCGGCGCAGCGUUAUCUUCACCACUCCAAACAAUCCAAUCCCUAACGAGAGAAAUCUCCCCACCACACGUCUCUACCACUCCAGCAUUCUCCCAAAACGAAUCUAGAGCUCCAGACAUUCAGCCACCACCGAUAACCAUCUCCCUGACCUCCCUGGGCACGUUCCCCUCUGCCCGCUCCGCCCGGGUUUUCUACGCGCACCCUCACGACCCCACAGACCGCCUACAGAGAUUCGGAAACAUGGUGCGCGACAUCUUCCGGGACGCGGGCCUCAUCACCGAGACGCGACCUCUGGUUCUGCACGCCACGGUCGCGAAUCUGAUAUACGUAAAGGCUAAAGGGAGAGGGAAGGGCCGGAGUGGGAGUGGGAAAUGGAAAGGGAAGAGUCGAGGUGGAGACGACGGGAACGUCGACGCGCGGGAGCUUCUGAGGCUGUUUAACCAGGGACGAGACGCCGUUACGGAUGCUACGAGUCGUCCAGAAGGAGCACCGUCAACACCAGUUCCUUCUGGUCCGGCGGUGGCGGCGCCCUUCAUCUGGGCCGAGAAUAUCUCGAUCCGCAGCAUCCGGAUCUGCAAGAUGGGCGCCGUACCCUCGGGCACUCCGGGCUGGGGGCUCGAGUACCCUCCCGUUGCGGAGAAGGUGUUUCAAGACCGAGAUGAGACUCGGGAUCUCUGA